AGUCAUGGUUUGUCUUUGUAAAAUCAAUAAAGAUUUUUAAAUAUUAUCCUGACUCUGUAAUCUUUGCUAUGAGUUGCAUCAGAUUCAUUCAUUUCGGUUUCUAAUUUUUCUAGAACAAGAACAAGAAUAAAAAUCAAUUAGCACAAUCAGACACAAAUGCAGCGGAGGGAUAGACGGAAUAUCCAUUACCAAAUAUUAACCAUUACAAUUUACACCUAUACUUGUUAAUGCAUCUAAAAUUUUCCUUUUCCACGAAAUAGGCUCAGUGCUCAUCAAAUUAUUUUCUCCACAUUUCCUCAUCACUAUUUUAGUUGGCUUAAAAAAAAAUGCUGUAUUGCAAUUAUUGGCCGGUAGAUGGCAUAAAAUCAAGGUGCGCUAUGAAUUGAUUUAAAAAAAAGUAGAAUUGUUACCACUGCUCAUUGCGAAGUAGUGGCCUUUCUGCUACACGUCACUCUUAAAUUUGACGUUUUGAAUCAAAAGCAUACCUGGGACCUGGUAGAAACGUUCCAUACCUGUUGCACAUUUUUAUCUUUGCUCAAAUUAGUAAAUCAGGUGUACUGAGAUGUAUAGGUGUCGGGUCGCCGUUUUUAUAUUGGCCUGCUCAGUGCACCUGAUAAAUGGACAACAGCAUCCACCAGGAGUCAAUCCACAGGUAUAUCAGCCAGGUGGGCAGCAAAUGUCUCAGCAACAGGCACAACAAAUGGCCCUGCAACAGCAACAACUGCAACAACAGCAACAACAGCAGCUGGCUAUGCAGCAGCAGCAACAGUUACUGCUACAGCAACAGCAACAACAGUUAGCAAUGCAGCAGCAGCAGCAGCAAAUGGGUAUGCAACAACCAAUGGGUACCCAGCAACAGCCAAUCGUUCAACAUCAAGUACCAGCUGGACAUGGCCAUCCUCCACCAGUAGCUGCAGGUCAUGGUCAUCCUCAACAGGGACAACAAGUUUUUAAUUCCCAGCACAUGGCAAAUGAAAGAGAUCAUAUUGGUGAGCAUGUUGGUAUGCCAGUGGACACUAGCAGAAUGUCCGAACAAGAAUUACAAUUCCACUACUUCAAGAUGCAUGACGCAGACAACAAUAACAAACUAGAUGGAUGUGAAUUGGUUAAAUCCCUUAUCCACUGGCAUGACCAAGCCAAUCACGACCCCAAAGCCGGUGUGCCAUUACCUGAUCACAAGAUUUUUACUGACGCCGAACUUUUAGCAAUGAUUGACCCAAUCCUGGAACAAGAUGACAAGAAUAAAGAUGGUUUUAUCGAUUACCCAGAAUUCAUCCAAGCUCAGCAAGCAACAGGUUCAGCACAGUGAUGAGCUUUCCCUGAAAUUCCGACCUUCGUUCCGUUAAGUGUACAUCUUGAUCUUUUAUAAUGACGAAACAAUUUUGAAAGGUAGGAAAUUCUUAAAAUAUUUGACGUGUUAAUGAUGAUGAAAGAUCUGAACUCCGUGUAUUUUUGAUCGAAUAAGUUGUGUGCGGGUGCUGGUGAUUUUAUUGAAAGAGAGCAUAAUUGAAAUAGAUUAAAGAUGACGUGUUUUAA